GGCCUCCUGCUAUCUAUUCGGGCUGCGGUAUCAGUUCUCACGAUUGUUUCGCGUGCUUUUUAUAACAUGAGGUAACGGCAAACGAGGUCAUUCUCCUUACGCUCAAAGUCUUAUUGUUCUAGUCGUUCCGCAGAGCCCGAUUCCACUAUGGGCCAUCGUUGGAGCUCGAGUCGCAAGAAACCUGUGAUCUACGCCAGGGAUCAGAAAGAGUUCUGGUCGAGCCGUUGGAAAACCGGAGAUACUCCUUGGCAGACGCAAGGCAUACAUCGGCUCCUGGACCAACACCAAGAGCUGGUCUUGGCUGGAAAGCAAAAUGCCCGCGUGUUCAUUCCACUGUGUGGAAAGGCCCAUGAACUGUUAUGGUUCUACGGUCGUGCUCACAAUGUUAUCGGCGUGGAGUACAUAGAAAGAUCAGCCAGUGAAUUCUUCACAGACAACGGCCUUCCCUGCGAGGAAACGACCUGCCACGAGCUGAAGUGUAAAGUCUUCCGUACUCUAGACCACCGUUUGCAGAUAUUUGUUUGCAGCAUAUUCGAAUUCAACAGGGACUGUGCUGGAACCAUGGACAUUGUCUGGGACAGGGGUGCCCUGGUAGCUGUCAACGAUGACGAGCGUCCGAGGUAUGCAAGUGUUAUCAAGUCUCUUCUGUCACCUGGUUUUUCCUACGGACUUUGCACAGUCGUGUAUGAUGACCCAUCUUUCAAAGGUUUCCCUCGGAGCGUACCAGAUGAUGAGGUCAGUCAAGCUGUUUGGUGACUUUAUGACGUUGACGAAGGUGAUGCAGUCAGAGGAGGAGAAGCGCCUUCACAUCUCUUCCAGCAUCGUUGAGACCCUUUGGCACGGGACAGGUUGAGCGAUGUCGCAUGCCAUUCUGGUCACCUUUACUGGAGUGCCAAAGUUUGAAGCAGCAACUAUAUUCAUUGCUGCAACUCGUUAAAGGGACGCAAAAGAGGAAAAUAACUUCAGCUGUAUUAGUGAACUACUUCUACAAUUCUAGAAAAGCCACUCUUAUCGUGGGACGAAGAUUGACGAGCCAGAAAAGACGCACGAACGAGAUUUGAGUGGUGUGACCAGUGAUGUCAUGGAUGUAUGUUGUCAAAGUCCUAGUUGACUUUUUCUAGGUAAAGAUGGACUACAUUGUGUUCUAAUGGAACCAUUAGAUUAGCAAGUUUUGAGAACAUGUGAUUUCAUAUUAAUGUUCUCGAGCUGGGGUUUGGGUGUGAAAUUAAAAAUAGAUAUUGAAGUUUGGCCAUAGUUUUCUCUUCUAGUAAUCGAAUUGUUAUUGUGAAAUUAACCAAAUUAGUGUUUUGAAACAACUGGUGUAGUGAUUCUCUUCAGUGUUUCUUAAAGGGUCGCCAAUGGAAAAUCCAAAGUCAGGCAGUAGUGUAGUUAUUGUGUAAAACAAUGAAAGUUGGUUGCUUGAAUAGUAGAGUACAUUAACAGUGCUAAAAGUACAUGACAUUAAAUGUAGAGUACACAUGAUGGGCAUUGUAGCUAAGCUAAUUUUUACUGAAGAGGAGUUUUAGAUGUAGCAGGGUUCUAACUGGUGGCAAAGAGCAGCAUGGAAAGAAACAACUUGACAGAAACAUAUCUGCUAUGUUCAGAGAAAGCUAAUAGGGGAGAUCUUUUUAAGCAUAAUGUGCUUUUUUUAGAUGCGAAGCAUCUUAUGGUCGGGGCUAUGUCACUCCCUCCCUCCCAGCCUCCGCCGUGCGGCGUCCACACCCCUACUGCGCAUGUGCAUCCUCCUCCCCCUUCUCUCAUCUCCUCUCCUCCCUCCUCCCUCUUCUCUCCUCUCGGCAUUCCUCCUCUCCGACGCUCCUCUCCUCUCCAGAUUGCGCAACGAAUGGCAACACCUGCGGCUCCGCGCGCGAUAAUGCGAAGCAGCUUAGGUUAGAGACGCGACGGUAGGCGCCCCAGAGGCACCGGCAACAGUCACCAAUGCUGCGCGCAUUCGGUGCAAACGCGGGCAAAACGUCGACGGCGUCGACAACAGUUCUGCGCAUUGCUGGUGCUGCUGCAUGUCCAAGUUUAUGCAGCUGAUAAAACUACCUUGAGUCCACCCCAUGGCUGCUUCGCAUACUGCUCAGGGUUCCCCUAUGGGAAGAUGGUGUAAUUUUUUGACUGAGAAAAGUGAAAGUAAUAGUAAUUAUCACAAAGAUGACUAAAUUGUGCGUUUAUUUAAAUAAUAAUGACAUGGCAGAAACAUAUCUGCCAUGUUCAGAGAAAGCUAACUGGGGAGAUAUUUUAAGCGAUGAGCGCUUUUCUGAGGAAAGUGAAAAUAAAAAUCACCGCAUAUCCACGAAGUGAAUGAUGAUGAGUGGGCGAAGCACCGGGGGAUCAUUCGGGCCAAACACUGGAAGCGUUCUCCGGAACGGGAACCGGAAGUCAGCUUCUGGUUCCGGAAGUGGAGCCAGAACUGGAAGCCGGAGCUUGGCGUACAUAUACUGUACAUAUACAUAUAUAUAUAUAUAGUCAUACAUAUAUAUACUGUACAUGUGUGCAGUACACAUUUACAUGCUCUGGUAUACACAGUAUACAUGCAAACCAGAGCUACGGACAGCAUACUAUGAGGGACAAGGCUCGGCCCUAAGGUGCUUCGCCCCUAAUAAUAAUAAAUUCACGCAAAUAUGACUAAAUUGCACAUUUAUUUACAUAAUGCAGAGCAACAGAAGGUCAAGCCACACUGGUUAAAGGCCAACUGCAAUGAAGUUUCACUUUGGUUAAAUUGCUUAUAGAUUAGUAAUCUAUACUACUGAAGCAAUCUUGGCAAAGAUGCAGGGCCAAGAAUUGCAUGAUUUUCUUAUUAGCAGCCUUUAAACUGCACUCAAGCAGACGUCACAUGCACCUGGUGGUUAGUAGAUGUCCCAGCGCACCAGAUCCGAGAUUUUCUUAGUGUGCGGCCCAGAGCUGUGAGCGCCACGUUAUCGCGGAUGUCAUGCCGAGGAGCCUUGCAUUCUCAGUCGCGCACUACUUCAGGCGAGUGGUAGAAGCGGCGUUUUCUUUAGUUUCGGUGUCAGAAAUAGCUAUUUUCGCAAGCUUUUCGUAACGCAUCCGCUUGUAUUUCAAUCGUAAAAUUUCUCAUGGAGACUGCUUUAUGUCUGCACUACCUGAAAUUAGGUGUUUUAUGUGGUCUCAAAUGUCGUCCCAGUUGUCCUUGUUGCGCAACUCACUUCUGCAAGAGGCUAUGUAUCAGCCAUUUUUACCUGCUUCAAAAACUCGUUUUCUAGUGUCUCGCUGUAAUGAUGUCCAAUGCUCUAGCAGUUUGCUAGAAAUCCAUGUCCCAACAUCUUAUCACACAUGGACGAGCAGAACUGUGUUCUUGUUUAUUUUUAAACAAUGCUAAACUGCCACUCACACUCAGCAUUGCUGUGUGGUACUGACAGAAUGCCAAGUAUCAACUCAUCAAUUCGGCUGAACUUCCAUAGCCCAUCUGCACCUCUCAGCUGCCAUACAGCCCUCCACUGGGCAUAACUUAUUCUUGCCUUAGUGUGACCGUAAACAUGUCAUAAGCCUGUAGCUGUAAUUCCAUCUCUUGAGUAUUGAGAGCUUCCAUUCUGGACUGACGCUGUUGUUGGUCCAACAUGGCUGGGCAAAGCUCCACAGAAGAAAAGCACCUUUUGGAAGGACAUUCUGUCAACGGCUCUUAGUUCCACAACCUCUGCAUUUAUCAGUGCAACAUCUUUCAAUGGAAACUUUGGGUGAAUGUAGUCACAUGCCGUCACGAAGCGCUCUUGAACUGCAUUGAAAAAUUCCUUGAUGCUUUUGCUUAAGCUUGGCAAUGACAGACCUGGUUUCUUUCUGAACAACCACGUCUUUAUAGUUGUUUUAGCCUUUCUGCUCCGAUACUCAACUGCCUAAAAUUUCGAGUUUCAUGCUGUUUCAAUGCAGCAGGGCUUCACAAAUCUGGAGCGAAUGUCUUCAAAAAGAUCAAGGAGGUGAGAUCACAGUGCAUAGAUCUGACGUGCCUGUGCUUGCAAACACUGGUUCACAUUCUCAAGAACCUUUAUAGUGUUUUGCAGGAACAGGCAAUAAGCACUACUCAUCUCCGAGAUCAUGAACUCGAAAAAGCUUCUUGCAGGCUUUGAAGUACUUGGUGCAGUCGUGUGUCAUGUUCGUCCGUCGUGUGCCCAAACAGGAUCAUGCCAUCUUGCAGACCAGCUUGGCCCUCAAGGCCUUCUAGCACUCUCCGCAUUUCUUUUCAGAAAAGUUCAGGUGUUGUGAAAAUUCCAAAAGGCAAUCAGUGGAGCUGAAAUCAGCCAAAUGGUGUCAGGAAGGUAGUGUACUUCUGGAGCUUGCUAAUGGCUUGCUAAACCAUGUAGAUCCAGCAAGUUUGGCCAGGCAUUCUUCGACGGUGGGCAUUACAACCAGUUCUCGCAGAAUGUUCUUUUUCGACCCUCUGAAGUCAGCACAGAUGUGAUGCUCGCUUCCUUGAUUUUUUGCAACUACCACAGGUGCGUGCCAUUCUGUGGCCUCUUCAGGCUUUCUGAUGACGCCCAGGCAUGCAUUCGUUUAUUGCUCUCAUUUGACACAGGGCAACAGGAGUAGAGGUACUCACUUCGGGUGCGUAACUGCGCAUGGGCUGGCAUCAGAGAGCAGCGAUAUCUUGCGUUCAGUCUUGAGGAGGCCCAAGCCUGUGGUCAGAUUGGGGUAGAAACUCAGGCUGGGUCACUGACCUUACUUCUUGAGUCAGGUGGCCUCUAGAAAUCUAGAACUUUAUUACAGGACGUCCAAAAAGUGCAUUGUGCAGCUCGUUGAUCAUAUAAACUUCCCCCUGGCACUGACCACCCAUCCUAGUGCAGGGUUGUGUUACACAAUCCAGCAAUUACUAUGCUGGUUCGGCCAGGUCCAAGCAACUUUUCCUUUGGAUCAGGUUGCCCAUAACUUGUUCAUCUAGAAUCUUGUCGGUAUACAUAGCUGUCAUGUCAGCACUAUUGUUUACCUUGAACUUCAUGGGUAAGCCAUUGACGGCCACACCAAUCUUGCACGGCCCAGGGUCUUGCUGGUCUGCUAGUUAUCCCUAGUAGACCUCUUCUAAUGCAGCUUGGUGUGUGCCUUUCUUGUUUUGGCUUUUUGGCGCAGAUAACCGUGUGGUAGCAAAGUGUCCCUUUUUGCUACACACGCCUCUUGUUUUGCCAUUCACUGGGCACAUGGCAUGUAAUAGUGAAUGCGUUGUUGAGCCACACUACUUGCAUCAUGAAGGCGCAGUCUCAGAAUACUGGUUUGACUUCCAUUUGCUCUUUGCGAGCCACGCUUGGCGUCUACAGCUGCAACUGGCAGUAGCUGUAGCCGUAGUUCCUUUUGUUGCCAUUUGAUUGUUUGUGAAUUGCAAGCAGCGGUGAUGGCUGCUUCCAGGGUAAGCUCAGUGUUAAGUUGUAGCUUUUCGCUUAACUGUGUGUCAGUAAGACCAACAACGAGCCUGUCACGAGUCAAUUUUUGUUACCGGUCAUACUUGUAGGUAUUGGCUAAUCUGUGGAGAACAGUGACGAACUCGACACUGUUCUCCACAGACUACAUAUGGUGCUUGCAGAGAAUGUUCGUGCAAGGCACCAUAUGUUUUGCCAGAACAGUUGUGUCACUGCAUUGUGGUUGAGUUUUUUGGUAUCGAAUAUGUAAAGGACUGACGCGACACAGCUCAUAGCACGGACCGAAAAGGGCGCAGUUUAUUGGGCAGGAGAAUAUAUAGCCUCGGGUCACGUUUUGCCUGCCGGACAGUGUUGCUGGCCUAAUUACGAAACACGGCCAAUGCAGGGUAGCUUCAGCAAGGCUAGAAUGUCUCGUCUUCACGAACCAUAGCAUAGAUGAAUGUGUUUACUUGCGUCAUGUUGUCUUGCUCCUUUAGUCUGGAGAUGAUUCUAUGAACCACCAUUUCCGCCACUGUGGUCACCGUAAUCAAUUUUUUUUGGCAGCUUGACAACGAAUGGGUUGAGCAGAGCUGCAUCCUGAAGUGUGGACACUGUAGGCAAAUCCAUCUUGGCGUAGCAAUGUUUGGAAUUGUUGACGGCUUGCGCUUAUGGAGGCACUGCAUUGCCGGCAUUUGUUGCCUUCUACUUGCAUGGAGUGCUUCCUACUGCUGCCGCCACGUUACAUUUGGGUGACAAACUGACCAAACGGUUUAUUUGAUUAUGAAAACAACUUGUCUAGCAUGGUUUCAUUCUGCCUCGGCUUGCGCAGCAGAGUUUUCCUUGUGCUGUGGCUUGUGAUCGUUUCUCCAGCCGCCGCUGUGAUGUACACAGUAGUCCACUGUUAAAAGGAACACCGGAGCUUGUGGCGUCUGCUCGGUGCCACCACCGGUGGGUGGCUUCACGGAGUUUCACACAGGCGCAGUCAGCGUUGUAGGCAACGAAUGGGGUCGUCUGAUGCUGUGCUUUGGAUCGUCGUGAAGCAAGCUGUCCACGCGUUUUUAAAGUUGGCCAGACACUGCAUGGUCACACACUACUAGCCAGCUGUUAUGAAGCUGAAAGAGAAUUUGACGAGGCAAAAUACCUCACAGAUAUUUUUGCCGUUUCAACUUACAAGACAAACAUGACACUUCUUUUUACGGACAUCUCUUUGUGGCACUGCUAUAUUAGAGAAUAUUUCUCUGUGUGUAGUGGCCAUCUUAUGUGCACUAAUGCAUAGUAUAUAUGUAUAAUUAUAUAAAUUAUUAUUAACUAUGCAAUUUUCUGAAGCGGGCAAUUCUUUAUGAAACGAAAAAGUGAACAAAAGACGGCAGUGUCAUUGCUGCUGAUGUGUAGGGCGACAUUUAUCUGAUUAUAGAUCAAUCUAGUCACAAAUGCCAGGAACUCCGGCGUUCCCUUUAACAGUGGACCGCUGUGUACAUGGCGCCAUCUAGAUGUAUUUUCGCACAAUGGGACUGGGACAACGAUGCAUGACGGGUGACAUUUUUUGUUUUCGUGCCAUUUUGCCACAUUUUUCAGCCUUGAUGAGCCCAUAAUCCUUUCAUAACAAGUUGACGUGCAGCGCGUGCCCUGUGGUGUAUUUUACAUUCUUUGUACCGUCCAUUUAGCACUGCUAAUAUGGUACGAUAUACUGUCAGGGAUUCUUGCACAGGUUCCUCAUACUGAGACCAAAGUUUUGAUGUGCUACAAGGCGAUACUAUAGAAAAUGUGAAACUUUCGCCAAUGCCAUUUUUGCAGUAUGGAAGCUGCUACUUACUGAUUGUAGAAGUGUCUGAGCUUAGUUAAAGGGGCCUUGAAACAUGUUCUGUUAAAACCUGAGCGACACCCUGUAAUGAAUGCGAUGUCUUUCAAGGAAUAUGUUCUCGAAGAAAUUCUUGACACAGACUUAAUAUUCAGAAUCAGUUUACUGCUGUCAGCAAUGAGGUAAGAAUUACAAGAGAUGUAUAUAUAGAAGGAGGUCCCGUGAUACAACGUGACAUGUUUACUUUCCCCAUUCACCUCAACCAAAUACAUCUUUUUUUUCAGCUGGGACACCAUUGAGAGCCUAUGCCCUCUCUAUAGCUAUUUCCUUUCUUUUGCUUGACGCGGUACACUAAUGGUAACCUGUCAAGCUUAGUGUCCAACAAAGUUGCCCAGAAGCACCAAAGAUAGGCAGGACACGCCAACCGCUGCUUGCUUUACCAGUUCUUGAAGGGUUUGUACGUGUGCGAGUUGUUGCUUGUGUGUAAUUAUGGCCCUAAACGAUUGCAUGGUUGCUGGCAUCUCCUGCCCAUAAUGUCUGCAGUAAUGUAAUAAUCGCUAACAUUGGAUAAGGCGGAAAAGGAGUGUGAGCCUCGAAAUUUGCAGGCGAGAGCAAGUGAUCUAUUAUAUGUGAGAUUGUAGGUUCUUCGUUGCAUGCAGCAGAAUAGUAUUUAACUCGCAUAUUCACAGGAGAAUUGCCCAGAGAUAGGGAAUGUCUUCAUACCGUGUUCAAAGAGUGUUUCAGUGCCCCUUUAUUAGUAGUUGUAUUUUGUAGUAGCCUCAGUGUUUACUGCCUUGGCUGUCUUCUUGAAGACAGGCCACAUUUUUUUGUAAAUAAAUGAAUAAGUUACUUAAGUGCAAUAAACAGAAGGUUCACACGA